GCGGAGAGAGAGGAAGUGCUGGGUCCCCGAGGAGCGCGAGCCGAGCGGCCGGCGCAGCGUGAGACAGCACAUCCUGCGCGCGCCGGGCCCGCCGCCCUCUGGAGCUGCUCGAGCCUCGACCCCGCCGCCCCCCGGGGGCCGCUGCCGCGCUCGCUCGGGGAGCCCAGUGCCGCCGCCGCCGCCGCCGCCGCCGAGCGCGUCCAGGAAACCAACAUGUCUGACAAAAGUGACUUAAAAGCUGAGCUAGAGCGCAAAAAACAGCGCUUAGCACAGAUAAGAGAAGAGAAGAAACGGAAGGAAGAAGAGAGGAAAAAGAAAGAGGCUGAUAUGCAGCAAAAGAAAGAACCUGUUCAGGACGACUCUGAUCUGGAUCGCAAACGCAGAGAGACAGAGGCUCUUUUGCAAAGCAUUGGUAUAUCACCGGAGCCCCCUCUAGUGCAGUCGCUGCAUUUUUUAACAUGGGAUACCUGUUAUUUUCAUUAUUUAGUCCCAACCCCUAUGUCUCCCUCCUCGAAAUCAGUGAGCACUCCCAGUGAAGCUGGAAGCCAAGACUCAGGAGACCUGGGACCAUUAACAAGGACCCUGCAGUGGGACACAGACCCCUCAGUGCUCCAGCUGCAGUCAGACUCAGAACUUGGACGAAGACUGCACAGGCUGGGUGUGUCGAAGGUUACCCAGGUGGAUUUUCUGCCCAGGGAAGUUGUGUCGUACUCCAAGGAGACCCAGACUCCUCUGGCUACACAUCAGUCUGAAGAGGAUGAGGAAGAUGAGGAAAUGGUAGAACCUAAAGUUGGCCAUGAUUCAGAACUGGAAAACCAAGACCAAAAACAGGAGGUGAAAGAAGCCCCUCCACGGGAGCUGACAGAGGAAGAAAAACAGCAGAUCCUUCAUUCAGAGGAAUUUCUCAUCUUUUUUGAUCGGACAAUACGGGUAAUUGAAAGAGCACUAGCAGAAGACUCUGACAUCUUCUUUGACUACAGCGGUCGGGAGUUAGAGGAAAAAGAUGGGGAUGUCCAGGCUGGAGCCAACCUUUCUUUCAAUCGUCAAUUCUACGAUGAGCAUUGGUCCAAGCACCGAGUAGUCACUUGCAUGGACUGGUCCCUGCAGUACCCCGAGCUGAUGGUUGCUUCCUACAACAACAAUGAAGAUGCUCCCCAUGAACCAGAUGGAGUGGCCUUGGUCUGGAACAUGAAGUUUAAGAAAACCACACCAGAAUACGUCUUUCACUGUCAGUCCUCUGUGAUGUCAGUGUGCUUCGCUCGUUUCCAUCCCAACUUGGUGGUUGGUGGGACUUACUCGGGCCAGAUUGUCCUGUGGGAUAAUCGCAGUCAUCGAAGGACACCAGUGCAGAGGACACCCUUGUCAGCUGCUGCACACACUCAUCCCGUGUACUGUGUAAAUGUUGUUGGGACCCAGAAUGCUCAUAACCUCAUCACUGUCUCUACCGAUGGUAAAAUGUGUUCCUGGAGCCUGGACAUGCUCUCAACUCCACAGGAGAGCAUGGAGCUGGUGUACAAUAAGUCCAAGCCUGUGGCUGUUACCGGAAUGGCUUUCCCGACGGGAGACGUCAAUAACUUCGUGGUUGGCAGUGAGGAGGGUACGGUCUACACAGCCUGCCGUCAUGGAAGCAAAGCAGGUAUUGGUGAGGUCUUUGAAGGUCACCAAGGGCCAGUGACUGGAAUUAACUGCCACAUGGCUGUGGGCCCAAUUGACUUUUCACACCUGUUUGUCACAUCAUCAUUUGACUGGACCGUCAAACUGUGGACCACAAAGCACAACAAGCCGCUCUACUCCUUUGAAGACAAUGCAGACUAUGUGUACGAUGUCAUGUGGUCCCCCGUGCAUCCCGCGCUCUUUGCCUGCGUGGACGGGAUGGGGCGCCUGGACCUCUGGAACCUCAACAAUGACACCGAGGUCCCGACAGCAAGUGUGGCCAUUGAAGGGGCUUCUGCCCUAAACCGUGUUCGUUGGGCUCAAGCCGGGAAAGAAGUUGCCGUUGGAGACUCAGAAGGCCGAAUUUGGAUCUACGAUGUUGGAGAGCUUGCAGUUCCCCACAAUGAUGAAUGGACCCGAUUUGCCAGGACCCUCGUGGAGAUUCGUGCCAACAGAGCUGAUAGCGAGGAGGAAGGCACCGUUGAGUUAUCUGCCUAAUGGAAACCAACCAUCCCCACCCUAGCCCCCACCUUCGCCUUCUAGAACUCAGCUCUGCAGUCAUCGAUUCCACUUGUAUCCAGUGUCCAUUCAGUAACAGUGUUGUGUGACAUUUUGGGUGUCAUAUUGUGCCAGCUUUGCUCCAAGUAUUCCAAAUGUAUCCCACCCUGCUUUCCCCUGACCUGAAAUUCACCAGAUCAUUUCUAUCUUUCUGUUUGUCUCAAAAAUGGGGGGGAGGGGAGGGGCAGGCUUUACGGGUUUAGUUGUUGCCUUUUAACUACUUAGUAGCUGUAUUUAAUAGCUGGAAACCUCUGGUUAAAUUUGUUCUUACAUGCACUUCUGGCAUAGUCCUAUUAAAUCCAUAUGAAGCCAGAUAUGAUCAGGUGCAGAUGUGGCGUGCUUCAUGAUAUGGCACAGGGCCAAAGACUUGAGAUGUGGUGUUUUACAUGGUGACUCACAUUAUGAACGGAUUUACUAGAAGAACAUUGCUGCUCCUUAUUUAUUGUGGUGUGCUGCAUGGAACAUAUUGAUUUGAAAGCAUUAAAAUAAACGAUCCUAGAGCAUGUGCAUAAUGAGAGGACUGUAUUGUCUCUCUGCUGCUGUUGAGGUUACAUUAAGUUCCAAAGAACAAUUACAGUAUGCCAGUUCCACGGAGGACAAGAAAUCUUUAGAGGUUCGUUGCAAUGAACGGAAUGAAUUUUAAUGCCUAUUAUUUCUAGGUACUUUGACAAUAUUUCAAAUAUAGUUGACCACUGAUACUUGUCAUUCAAGCUAACACAGUCCAACAAGAGUUUGUGGUUCCUGAAUAUGACACCAGUAUUGCCAAUAAAACGUUCCAAACCAGGUCUGCACCAGCGUGGAUAAAUCCUGUGCUUGGGGAAAGACUGAUUCGAAUGUUGCUAUGACAAGGGGGUGGGGGAGAUACGUUAGGGCCAUGUUAAAGAUUGAUAAUGAACUUAUAGGCAACCAGCCUGGUUGGACUUAAACCAAGACUCUGGUUUUAUUUUUACGAGGGAAUGUGUGUGGUUUUCUGGAAAGCUUUCCCUUAUCUCCUUUACCUGAGCCACUCUUGCCCCAAGACGGUCUCAAAUGUUAAAAUAAGAAAAACAGGUUAAGAUGGAGAUAUACCAAAUGGCCUACAUUAUUUCUUUUUAAAAAAUUUACACCAUAAAUUUAUGUUUCU